AUGGUCAAAGUUAGAGAAAAACAUUAAUAUGAAGCUUUACAAAAGUUAGAAGCUAACUGUGGAUAAGAGGUUGAGAAGAUAAAUGAUACCUAAGGUGUUAACUAAUAAAAUGAAAAGUUAUUAUUUUGA